GUUAGGCGACUGUCCUGUUGAGAGCUGCGUUUGGAUCAAUGACAUGGAGGAUAUGCUGUCAUUCUGGGAUGUGGUCAUUUAUUUCUCUGCAGAGGAGUGGGAAUUACUGGGUCCUGCUCAGUGGAAACUGUACAGGGAUGUGACAUUGGAGAAUUACAACAACCUUGUGUUCCUGGGUCUUGCUUCCUCUAAGCCAUACCUGGUCACAUUUCUGGAGCAAAGACAAGAACCUUCAGAUGUGAAGACAGGAGCGGCCAUCACUAAGUAUUCAGGGGAAAAAUGUUAUACCAGCAAAGAAUAUGAGGAAGUUUUUGAGCGGGAAAAACUAUUUCAAAAUCACUACAGAUAUCAUUUAAGAGUGAAAGCCUACAAGUGUGAAGUAUGUGGCAAGUCCUUCCAUUUUCCAUCACGUCUCUCUAAACACAACAGAAUUCAUAAAGGAGAAAAACCCUACAAAUGUGAUGUAUGUGGCAAUGCCUUCCAUUAUUCUUCAAGCCUUUCCAAGCAUAUAAAAAUUCAUACAGGAGAGAAACCAUACAAGUGUGAAGAAUGUGGCAAGUCCUUCCAUUUUCCAUCAUUACUUUCGAAACACAAGAUAACUCAUACAGGAGAGAAACCGUACAUGUGUGACAUGUGUGGCAAGGCCUUCCAUACUCCAUCUUUAUGUUCUAUACACAAGAGAAUUCAUACAAGAGAGAAACUCUACAAGUGUGAAGUAUGUGGCAAGGCCUUCGAUUUUCCUUCAAAACUUUCCAUCCAUAAGAAAAUUCAUACAGGAGAGAAACCUUAUAAGUGUGACAUAUGUGGCAAGGCCUUCUAUUAUCCAUCAAGACUUUCCAAUCAUAAGAAAAUUCAUACAGGAGAGAAACCAUACCAAUGUGUAGAAUGUGGAAAGGCCUUCUGUUUUUCAUCAUCACUAUCUAAACACAGGAGAAUUCACACAGGAGAGAAACCAUACAAGUGUAAAGAAUGUGGGAAGGCUUUCCACUCUCUGUCAUCACUUUCUAAACACAAGAGAAUUCAUACUGGAGAAAAACCCUACAAGUGUGAAGUAUGUGGCAAGGCCUUUCAUUAUCCAUCAUUACUUUCUAAACACAGGACAAUCCAUACAGGACAGGAACCCUACAAGUGUGAAGUAUGUGGCAAGGUCUUCAAUUAUCCAGCAAAGCUUUACAAACAUAAGAGCAUUCACACAGGAGUGAAACCCUAAAAUUGUGAUCUAUUUAUCAGUGAAUUCCUUUAGAACUUUCCAGAUUUUUUUUUCUACUCAUUUGAUAACUCAUUCUGGAGAGAAACAAUACAAAAGUGAGGAAUGUGGCAAACCUUCCUCUACAAAGUCAUAACUAUAUCUAUACAAGUGAACUCAAACUGUAGACCAUAUUUACAAAUGAAAAUAAUAUGUCAAAAUACUCAUAUAAUUCAUUCUGGAGAGAAACCUUACAAAUGUAAAAACUGUGGCAAAUACUUUUGAAGUCUUAUAGCAUGGUCU